CAACUAUAAAAGGACUGGUUCACUGUAGAAAUAAGUCAGAAUUACAGAUAAGAGCUGAAGACGAGUUCACUACGAGAUCCAAGAACCAUGAAGACCUCGACCCUGUGUCUUUGUUUCUUAGGUUUUAGUUACAGUCUGGCAGUGGAGGAUGUGUAUGAAUAUCUGUGGGAGAAGAAUAGAGACAUCGCCAGAAAGACAAUCGAGUCGGACUUCCUCAGACAAAUGGAGAACGGCAGCCUGCAGGCAGAGCGAUACAUCAACUUCACCAUCCAAGACAUCGGCUAUCUACUGAGAAUCACCAAGAUGUUGAAGAGAAUGAGUGCAAAAGUAGCUCAGCCCGAUGACAUCAGGAACUUCAUGAAAGGCAGAUAUUUGAGCUACAAAAGUUUUGCAGACUCCAUGCUCAAACAAUACUUUUUCAAGGGUGAGCCUUCCAUUCAGCAAACUCCAGCUAUGAGGAAGUAUCUUUCAUUCUAUAGAAACCUGGUGGACAAUGAAGAGCCACUGUACUUUGUCGUGGGACUUCUGCCCUGCUCCAGACUCUGGGUUUGGCUGGCUAAUAAUCUCAACAUUCCUCCAACCAAUGCCUACUACACUUGGAAGGUGGGAAAUAUGGACGGGAGUCCUGAGAAACACUACAAAGCUCUGCUGAAUAAGUAUCUCAACACACCUGAGAAAGUGGCGAAGGCUAAUGCUGUAUUCCGUGCUCAGAUGCAGAAUGAGCAUGAUUUCUUCAUGUCAUGUUGAGAGAGAAGUGUUGCAAAUGGCCUACUGUUUGAGCAACAAAAUAGUAUUUAAAAAAUAGUAAAAAAAAGUAUUUUUAAAAUAUUGAUGGAUGUAUUUGGUUACGUAUUUUAUGGUUAAUAUGCAAUAAAAAUAUUUAAUCAUUUAAAAUGUAUUUAAUAUUUUAUCCAAGUCUAAUGUAAGCUUUGAACAAGCUGUCCACAGCCAGUUUAAACAGAAAUGUAGUUUCUGAAUAUUCAGUGUCUGUACCCAUCAACAAUAAAAAUAUCUGCUAA